CUUCAUUAGUGUGCAGUCACACUAAUAAAGGCACGAAAAAUAGGAGCGCGAAUUUUUUGCGUGUGUUGCUUUUUGCUGGAAAAAAAGUGUUCGUGAGUGUCCAACGACUGAAAAUUCGUUUUUCAAAAUUACGAUUCAAGACCGUCGAAUUUCUCAACAUAAAUUUGCCAGUAAAACGUGGAGUAGGGAUUACGUGGAAGCGCGGAACGCUUGGUGUUUCACUUUGUUCAUUCGGUCAAAUUUAACAAGUGGUUUGCCUCGGCUGCACCAAAUUCGGUUUUGCAGGCGGAUAAACAAGGAACUUAUUUCUUUCCCAAUGUGCUGGAACAACUUGUAUAAAUCGCAGUUGCUUUUUAAACUUCUGGUAUUUUUAAUCGAUUGCAACCCUGCUUGUCAAUCUAUCGAAACGGCGAAAGUUUUCUAUGACGAUGAGAAGUCGAAUUUUUGGAUUUUUCGCGUGACAAGUUGGUGGUGAAAAAACCAGGCAGAACCUUAACAAUUUAUUUGACAACUUGGCAAACGAUUGACAACUGAACAGCGCAACGCUGGCGGGCGCGGGCGGUGCAAGUAGGGUGUGAAAAGUUGACAAAAAAAAUCAAUUGCCUCUCGGUCGUUUUCAAUUUUCAAUUCACAUUCUCUGCGUGUGCAAAAAAAGCGAAGGAAAAGCGAGAAAAAAAAUAGACUGCGAACGACCAAAAGGAGAAAGAAAAAAAACGGCGAACAAAAAGAAGAGCACAAAAGAAGACCGAGGAAAAAGGCAACGUAGAAGUUAAAAAAAAUGUGCAGGAAUAGGGGCGGAGGAGCAGGAGCCGUGUUUUUGAGUCGCAAGCAGCAGCAGAAGCUUAAAUAAAUAACCAUCAUCGCUAUAAAGAGGCCAGAUUUUCAGCGAGGUUAAAACUGCGGAAAUAGGCGAAAUACAAAAUCGUAGUGAAAAUCAAAUUUUCCAAAUAGAAAGAAGAGCUACUCCUCUCGCUCGCUCGCUCUCGGCCUCUCCUUCGCUCUCUCUCCCUCUCUCGCGACUGGGUGGCAACGCGUAUGUGUGUCUGACUGUGUGUGCCUGCUGUGUGUAUGAGUGUGCCGCGUGCGUGAGUGUGUGUGUGUAGCUCGAAAGAGCAAAAAAAUAGAUUUAACACAAAAAAAAAAAAAUAAGAGAAAAGGCAAAGGAGAAGCGAAAUAACCGACUGUGUCUUUGUGUGGAAUUUCUUGAUAAUUGCAACAUACGUUACCAUGGAAUACUACUUAGGAGGAUAUGUGUACAUGAACGGAGAUGCACUCAAGAUUCAGCCGCCCGUCUACACCAACGUUCCUGUCGAGACGGCGAUGCUAGCCACCAAUCUGUUUGGAGCCACCACCCAAAUUGCAGCCUCCCCCGCAGCAGCCGCCACUGCCCACAUACCGUUGAUCACAGCCGCCGCAGCCGGUGCUCCUCCAGUAGCUCCUCCAGUCGCAGUUGCUCCAGUGGCCACCGCAUCAGCAGCAGCAUCAGUUGUGCCUGCACAGCAGCAGCAGGCGCAUCCACACCAGGCCCAGAUCCUGGCACAUACACACGUAGCCCACCAACAACAACAGCAGCAGCAGACGCUUCAACAGCAUCUUCACCAGCAGCAAACGCAGUCGUCGCAUCCCGCCCAGCAUCUGACUUACGGCCAUCAGCCGGCGCCUCCACAGGCCACGGCUGGAGGAUCAGGAACAGUAGCAGGAGGGGCACCAGGAGCAUCCGCUGGAGGCGGCGAAGCCCAGGAGACUAACGAAUACGCCAUCAUGAAUGGCACACUUGCCCAAACGCAGGAUGGCACUGUGGUCUGCUACACCACAGACGCCCUUAACAACACGAAUUUAGUUGCCCUCGAUCCGCAGCCCCAUCAGAUCGUAGUGCCGGUUCAGGUUCCUGUCCAAGUCCCAGUGCCCGUUCAGCUUUCAGCAAAUGGUUCCGUCGAUCAACAGCAGGGCAGCCACAAUGCAGUAGCAGGGGAAGAGCCGAACAUACCACUGGACAAGCUCAAGCAAAUGCUGGCGACCCAGCUUGAGUACUACUUUUCCAGAGAAAAUCUGGCCAACGAUACUUACCUGCUUUCCCAGAUGGACAGCGACCAGUAUGUGCCCAUUUACACUGUGGCCAGAUUUAAUUUGGUACGGAAACUAACCAAUGACAUUAAUCUCAUCACUGAGGUGCUACGUGAAUCCCCGAAUGUCCAGGUGGAUGACGAUGGCCUGCGCGUGCGUCCCAAUCGCAAGCGUUGCAUCAUCAUUCUGCGCGAGAUAUCGAACAACACGCCCCUCGAUGAUGUCAAGGCUCUAUUCAGCAAUGACAGCUGUCCUCGCCCGAUCUCCUGCGAAUUUGUCGCCAACAACUCUUGGUACAUCACCUUCAAAUCGGACGAGGAUGCGCAGAAGGCAUAUAAGUACCUGCGCGAGGAGGUCAAGGAGUUUCAGGGCAAGCCGAUCAUGGCCCGGAUCAAGCCCAAGUCGUUUAUCAAUCGCAUUCAAACUGUACCAAAUAUAAAGAACGGCUACCGUCUUACUUCACCGCCGACUGCCAAUGUUUUUGAUCCAUCCGGAGCCGGUGCCGCAACAGUGGGCUAUCCGGCUGCCCAGCAGCCGCGAUAUCUCUACACCAAUGGAGCAACAAUCGCGGCACCCGCUUCAGUUUCUUACAGCAAUUCUGUAUUGAUUCCAAUUACGCAGAAUCAGUUUUAUCCUGGCUUAGUGACUGCUCCAUGGCCGCCUGGCACUGUGGCAGCCACUGCUGCACAUGGCCAGAACUUCUAUGAGAUCGGAGGGAACAUAUUUACCACCAAUCCAUUGGCUCCACAGGCUGUGGCAGCAGGUUUUGCUCAAGCUCCGCCACCCACCGCACAAACAAUGGUCACGUCCAAGCCGCAGGGCGGUGGUCGCUACAACAACAAUCACCGAGGCAAUCCUAACAGCGUAGGCGGUGCGAAUUCGGGACCACGCGGCGAAUCGAGGGGCAAACCACCGCGCAACACACAAACAGCCUCACACAUUCAGGGCGGUAGCAUCGUUCCCAUCCAGAUAGCUGGUGCUAUUCCAGGCGGAAUGGUAAGUGUGGUGCCGGCAAACAUUGUGCAGGAUCCACUGCAGCAGGCGCCGUUGCAACAGCAGCCGCAGCAAGUGCUCCAGCAAAUUCAGCAGCAACCAACGAGCUCAGCCCAACAGCAACAGGCCACAGUUCAGGUGAACAACUCCACUCGUCAUUAUCCAAUCAAAAGCAACUGGAAAGGUGGCAUGCAGAAAAACCUUGACAAGAGCUACGGCGGUGGAGUGACCACCCACCAUCACUAUGCCACCCAAGUUCAGGCCUUGCCCGCCCACGGCCAUCACCUGCAAACUCAGCAACAGCAGCAGGGACAGUCCCAGCAGCAGCACUAUCAAUUGGCUUCCUCCAGCGCUGCCAGCGCUCCGCAAGUUACCUAUGUAUCUACUGCUCCGGCUCCACCACAGCCUGGCCAGCAUCAGCACCAUCUGGUGGUUCAACAGACGCAACCACAGCAGCAGCAGCAACAGGUAGCCCUUCAGCAACAGCAAGUGCAGGUGCAAGAGCUGCAGGAAGCGGGGGACGGCGGUGAGCAUGGCUCUCAUUCCAUGCAGCAGGUAAAUCGCAGCAGCAAUAUGUCUGCCAGCUCCUCCCCAUCGCUGGCCACUUCGAUCAGUAAGGAGCCACUGCAAUGGCAGAAUCGUCCGCGCCGUCGUCGCCGCGAUGAAGAUGGCGGACUCAACUAUUCCCCAGGCGGUCGGGUUGGGCUUUAUGGUAGCUCACCCUCAAACCCGCAUCAACAGCAGCACCUGCUGUCAUCUUCCUCAGGCAGCAAUGUACAGUCAAGCGGCGGAGCCGAUGGUACCGGAGGAUCCCAUCGCGGCGGAGAUCGCCAGAGCCACUAUAACGCCAUCCACGACGUCCCACCGCCCCAGCACCGUGGCAACUACAAGGGCAAUAACUACAAUCCGCACUAUCAUGCCCAGCAUUCGUCGAUGGCUAGUGGUUCGCAUCAUCACCAUCAUCACAAUGCCCUGUCAUCGCAGCAGCAGCAACAACAUCACAUGGCCUCUAGCACUGGACAGCAGGGCUCAAGCCAUCACUAUCAUCAUCAUCACCACCACAACUCGAUUGGUAGUAAUGUGGGCAACAGCGGCGGCCUAGGCGUCAGCAGUGGCGGAUCCGGUGGUUCCGGAGGAGGCGGAUCAGGCAACAAUAGUCUGUCUGGGGGAAACAACGAGCGCGGUAUUCACCACAGCUCCUUGGGCUAUCAGGGCCACCAGCAUCAGCACCAACAGCAGCAGCAACAGCAACAACAGCAGCAGCAGCAACAACAGCAGCCAGCUCCAGUGCAACCACCGCAGUUUGACCUGGAGGAUGCCGCCUUUCCACCACUGCCAGCCACGUCAGCCACCGCACCACACACCCCUCAGGCAACUGGCGGCGCCUCCCUGCAUAACUCUACGACCUCGACCUCUUCGUCAACGGGCUUGGGACAAAAACAGGCACUGCACCACCAACAGCAGUCUCAUCAACACCAACUGCUAAACAGCAGCGUGGAGAGCACUAGCGGUGAGGAACAGCGAGCAAGCACUCAUCAGGGUAUAGAGAGCAGCAAUAUAAAUUUGGCCAACAGUUCCGCCAACAACUGGGCUGAGAACCGCUUGUCCGAUGUGGUGCGCACUGGUGGCGGCAAUGGAGGCAAGGGCAAGGCUCGCAAAGAUAACAGGCACCAACAAGGCCAAAAUCAGCCGCAUUUGUCCCACAACUAUCAGCAACAACAGCAGCGUAAUCAACCUGUAAGCCCCACACCUGCCUUGGGCGCCGACUAUGGGCUCCAGCUCCAGGAGGGCAACCAUACUAAGAACGUUACUAAGCAGAGCUCCAGUAACAACAAUUCGAUCCAUGUGAUAAAGUGUCAAACACCAAAUAUCAAUGCCACCAGUAAGGAGGAGGCAGCCGGAGCCCAGCAAAUGCAGCAGCAGCUGGACAAAUUAAACAAGACUGAGGAUGAACUGCAUCCAAAGCAGCCGCCACAGCGACUGGUCGAAGGCUAUGUCCAGCAGCAGUUGCCGCAGCUGGCUGGUCACAACGAGUAUUCCGCUGCCCUAGCCACGGGCGCUGGCGCCUGUAACGUGGUAGAGGGUGGUCUGACCACAAUUCUGGCCGAAUGUAGCCUUGGCCAGCACAAAAAGCCGCCUUCGGUGGCAGCCCUGCACGCCAAGAAAGAGGCAAAUUUGCUGGAGAAAGGUGUCACCAAGCACAAGAGCGUGGCCACGUCCACUUCGACCGAAAAUCUUUCGGCUGCCGCUACUGCCAGCAAACUUAGCUAUGCCCAGGUGGCCCAGCACCACAAGGCUGCUGCGACCUCUGACAGCAAGGAAACUGGCUCGGGUGGGUCCACCGGCACUCUGUCGCCCACCGGAAGCCACAAGAUGGACCUAGUCUUUGGCGAUUCGGUGGUAGCAGCUGUCGAGAAAAGCUGCCUGGCCACAGUUUCCACCGAGAAGCGUGCCGCAGGUGGCGCCUCGCCAUCUGCACUGUCCGGCAAAACAAGCGGUCCACCGCCCACCAACACUCCCCAAGGCAGCAUGCCUGUCGUAGUCUCUGCCAAAGAGAAAGAUAAUCGUCCCAAUACCUCUGUUCGUCAGUUGAGCAAAGAGAAGCAACAACAGCAUCAGCAGCUACAUUACAGCUCUGCAACAGAGCACAAUACUAAUGCCAAUGUCAGCUCGGGGACUAGCGGCAACCGCAAGUCCAGAGCCAACAACUCUUAAGAAAAGGAAAUACGAGAACCGCGUUGCCAAAGCAAGGCAACUGUGAGAUACCUUUGCAGGGUGCCUCUGAGGAUGCAUCCGACUGUACAUAUAUAAAAUUCCAUGUGUAAAUAUGAGCAAACCUUUUUGUUACACCUAUAAGUGCUAUAGAUAUUAACGAGCUAACUAAGGAGGCAUAUGAAAGUAGUUAGUGGCCGCUGCUCGUAACGCGAAACGACGAAAAGACGAAGAGAAGGGAGCAGCCGGCGACGCUUGGACCAGUUAUCAUAUUAGUAGGCAAAGACGAAGAAUGAAUGGUGCAUACCUUUUCUCCAGCUAUAUUUAAUCAGUUAUCAGUUAAUGUUAAUCUAUCUAAGCUAAUGUUACCUAGACUCGACGGGUAAUUACUUAGUUUAGCGCCGUACCGAGAACCAGGAAGGAGGCAACUGCAGACAACAAAAAGAGGAGAAGAGACAAGAGAUGAAUAUGCCUAAGCUAUAAUUACGAUUACCAAUAACGAUGCCGAGUGAAUAAGUCUAAGAGGUUUGAGUUUAUUUAGCUAAGUAGCAUUGAACGAAAAACCAGAAGUAAUGCAAGCUAAGCCAACCAGAGGAAGAGAGAAGGAAAUAUUAGGUUUUAUUGAUAAAUUAACGAUGAACUCAGAAAUCACAUGUUGAUUUUACGUUAUAUUAUGUACUUUUACUAUUUCAUCAUUUUCAUUUUUGCUUACACAUCAGAACGUAAUGUUUAUAGCCAAAACAGAAGUACACAGAUACGAGUACGUAGCGUACAUAGCUAUGGCUCCGCUAGUCCCACAGGUUAGGGUUACUUCUAUUAUUUAGAUAUAUUAUAUAUAAUAUAUAUAUAUAUAUAUAUAUAUAUAAUUGUUUUGAAUCAUUGUAACAUUUUAUCUUGAUCAUCUUGUUUGAGCAAGUCGCUUUUUUAUAUAACUUGAUUAUGGGGAUUCUCGUACUUAGUUCACGACUUAAAGGAUCCUUUACACAGACACACCUGUAUUCACCUAGGCAAACUUACCUUCCCCAGACAUCGACUCGUGUAUACCCCUCAUUUUUAUACUUAUAGCGUAUAUCGUGGGAAGGACUUACAUUUUAAAAUUGCAUUUGUUUCCACAUGAAGGCAAUUUUCUCAGUUUGAUGGUUUCACUCGUCUAUUUCAACAAUCAAAGAACGAAAAUGAAAUGAAUUAAGAAGUUAGAAGCAUUGCUAAAUACUAAACAUUAUCCUUACAAAGCGUAGGUGGACACAGCUCAGCUCAGAUCAUAAGACAAACACUAUCUAAUGUUAUAUUUACGACUUAGGACUCUAUACAAAAAGGUGCCAUAAACUAAAACACACACACAGACAAACACGAAAUUCUAUGAGGUUUAGGACAACACAAAAUAGGCAUUUAAAACGAAUUCUUUAUCAAUGUUUUACUGUCUCUCAACUUGAAAAAAUGCUGCUUCAUCCUCGUUCCCAAAUUAUUGAUGCUCAUCUUAGAUAUAUAUUUGCAUAGGAUUGCAUACAUUUUAAUUAUUGUUUUUCCUUUUAAUUGUUCACGAUUUACGCACAAAUUGAUUUAUGGAGUCUUAAUUUGUUUUAAAUUAAAGAAGCAUGGAAAUGAAUCCUUGAAGCAUAAAAACAAUUGGCAAGGGAGAAAUGAGAAAUAAUCAGUAGUUUUAAGAGCAUACACACGAUAUCUACAAACUAUUCUAGGCAUAAGAACUAAGUUUAGGUAUGCAUAUAUAGAUAUUCACACUUAACCUAACAACAUUUUUGCUUUUGUUGGGUAUUUCCUUUAUUUGAGAACAAAACUGAUUUGCCCUUCCACUUCCACAAAACCAAAUCGAAACUAAUCAUUUUCAUUUUCACAACCUCCCAACCAAAUUGAUAAAAACCUUUGUAUUAUUUUUGUUCUCCUAAAUUACAUGCUUAUGAACUUAUUAACCCACUGUGAACAAACCGAACAAUUUUGUCCACCAAACACAACAAAACCACACACCCAACCACCCCCCUCCCAAAAAAAAAAAAAAAAAAAAGUACUAAAACUUUCAUCCAAAAUCAAAAAUCGAAGGAGAAUAAGAAAAAUGAACUCUAAACGCAAGACUUCCAACCAAAAUGAAAUUGAAAAUAUAAGAAAAACAAAAGAAAACUGAAAAAUCAAUAUAUAUAUACACAUAUAUUUUGUUUCUAUGAAAACAAUCGAAUAUGCUAAGUGCCUAUACUAACUAAUAUGUAACAUACGAGCAGGGUACUGACCGACCACUGAGCCAAGAACCAAAGUGACACCAUCCGCCCAUUGAAUCGCAUUCAAUCACACACAAUACACAACUGCCUCUAGGACAUAAACAGCAAUCAAUCAAUCAUUCAGUACAUUUUAUCCUUCAAUCACUCAUUAGUUUGCCCAGUCAGUGGGCUUCCUGACGAGAUCGUGGAUCCCAGAAUCCGGAUCCAAAUAUUUCGCUAGGGAUGGUGGUCACUACACAGAUAGUAUACCUUGCUCAGUGUUCCGUCGCGUACCCGCCACACAAAAUGUAUCUUUAAAUAAUUCAUAGUUUAUAGUUUGUAUCUUCUCCUCCAAAUCGAAGAAAGACCCGAACUAUAAUCCAACUAACCCAACACUCACACACAUUUAUUUGGAAAGUUCUCAAAUGAUUUUGUUGUGCUCAUCACCCACUGUCGGCUGCCAACACGAAUACAAAAUCACACACCACAAACCACACACACUCACUAAACACACUGUACAGUUGAACCUCAAUAGGGCGGACUGCGACUGGGACUGCGGACUGUGCUUUAGGUGAAUCAAUAGAUGAGGGCCAGAGUGGAGCAAACGGACUCGAUGAGCGGCGGCUCCAGAAUUCCGACAAUGAGAUGUGAUAUUAUGCAAUUGACAAAUCAUCAAUUGUGUGCGACAAAAAACAAAAACAAAUGAACGGAAUGGAGGUUUGGCCAAUGCCGAUCGAGAUUGCAACGCCCACUCGGCCAUGAAGACAGUCGACACUUGGACACUUGACCACGCUGUCCAUCCAAAGGCGGAGAUCGAGAGGCGAGAGAUAGAGAGAAUAGGGUAUAGGGAAAGUAAAGGAACAUUGUUGAUGUUGAAUAAUUUUAAGGAAUACAAUAAAUUAAAUUAAAUUGUUAAAUUGUAAA